UUCUGUGUUAGUUGACGAUGACGUUUCCCUGAGACAAAAAUGUGCCUUGCUUCAGCUAACGGGAUGACUUAACUAGUGUGUUACCGAAGAGAUUAAUUGAAAACUGCAGCAAACACGUAAGGGAAAUAAUUGAGUGACAGAGGCAGGAUGUUGGAGUCCUAUGUCACACCCCUGUUGAUGACCUACGUGAACAAAUACAUCAAGAACCUGAAGCCCUCUGACCUGCAGCUGUCGCUAUGGGGAGGAGACGUAGUACUGAGCAAGCUGGAGCUGAAGCUGGAUGUCCUGGAGCAGGAGCUGAAACUGCCCUUUACCUUCCUGAGCGGUCACAUCCAUGAGUUGCGUAUCCACGUACCCUGGACCAAACUGGGCUCCGAGGCCGUGGUCAUCACCAUUAACACAAUGGAGUGUAUCCUCAAACUGAAGGACGAAGCACAGGUUAGUACCGCUGGGUUUUAUAUAUAUAUAUAUAUACAGGAGCCCACUGGUGAUCAGUGCACUGCAGACGAGUGCAGUACUCCAAUUUAGUGCAUACUGUCAUGGCAUUCCCGAAGCUGGUGUGUAUUCCUGAGACCUUACAGUCUUGCUGUAUCACUGAAAGACGUUCAAGCCUUCCUUCGAUAUCUUAAGGGGAGAGGUUUCUACAUGACCCAAGUUAGAAUCUCUGACGUUCCACAGGAAUAGACUGGGUUUAAAACGUGUUGUUGGUUUCUCCCCGAUCCAACUUCCUUUCUAGACUCCUCUACCCAGAACCCCCUCUGUUUCCUCAGCACAUUCUAGACUCCUCUACCCAGAACCCCCUCUGUCUCCUCAGCACAUUCUAGACUCCUCUACCCAGAACCCCCUCUGUCUCCUCAGCACAUUCUAGACUCCUCUACCCAGAACCCCCUCUGUCUCCUCAGCAGUCCAACAGGACCAUGACUCAGUUCAUCACAUUCUAGACUCCUUUACCCAGAACCCCCUCUGUCUCCGCAGCAGUCCAAACAGCCCAUGGCUCAGUUCACCUCUUUCUUCGUGUUGGCUUAGGGUCUCAGACAGGUUGGCUUAG